GAAUUGAAAAAAUACUGCAUAGGUAACGUGGUAGUCAUGGUUGAUGUUAAUAGCCAAGGGAUUUUUGAAGCUGGAGACAUUAUUAAGUAUGGUUACAUGAGGAUUAAAAGACCACCAUCUUCUACCAAAGUGCGGAUUAAGGCAUGGCAAUCAAAAUUUUUUGUUUUGAGAGACAAGACACACAAAUCCAUUCAAAGGUUGGAAUAUUACAAAGAUGAAACUGCAUUUGGGUUUCAAAAAUCAGUGGAGUAUUCUUUUGGAUUGGAUAAAAUUGCCUUCAUUGGUGAAACAAAAAGCUCAAAGUCCAAUUCCUAUCCAUUAAUGGUGCUGUGUAGUAAGCAGGGAGCCUUGACCUUGGCUUGUGAUACAGAACAAGCUAGAAAAGAUUGGCUGUCGAUGUUGAACAGAGUUGCCAUCAAAGAGGGUGGAACCAACUCCUCAGAGAUGUGGGCGAAUGUCACGGUUGAUGACAGUCCAGUGUCAACACCAGAGCUUCCAAGACAAGCAUCUGCCAAGUUGUCACCAUCACUCUCCAAGUCUUGCAGUGAAUCCGUAGAUGUGUCUCCAGGCACAACCAGGAAGGCAGCAGGUUAUUUUGUCACCACAAGGCUCACUCCCCAUUCAGAGCAGAACAAUAUCAGGGGAGAUUUUCUGAUGUGUAUUUCUGAUAGAGAGGUACUCCUGAAGUCUGCUGCUGAGAGGUGUCAGACAGUGGUCUCAUGGUCUGUGGCUGAUUUACGAGCUUUUAAGAGUGAACCUGCAGUUAAUGUAGCGGCUAAAGAUAUGCAACUUCUCACACUACAUGUUGGAAGACGCACUGCGACCGGUGAAGGAAUAUUCCAGUUCUUGACCAAACACGGCGCCACUAUCGCCGAUGAAAUCCGACAUCACUCGCGGUACGUCGUCAAGUCGGCAGCGGAGAAGCGCGAGGCUUUCCGAAGGAGCUCGACAAACAGCCAAUCGAGGUCUCCACCAAAUCUUGGUUCGCCCAAAAGGCUUUCAAAAACGAUGACCGCACCCACGGGAAAGAUUGCGAGUGUACUUAAAAGGGAGAACAGUUUGGCGACUGAUCAGGCGAGAAGACGAGCCGAUACCGAUCCCUUCUUGGGCCAGAGAUUAGGGGACAAUGGAGCCGCUGAACAGAGCGAAAUAGAAGAAGGCGUUGUAUCCCGUUAUGAUUCCCGAUCGAGAUCUGCCACCGAGUCGUCUGUUGAAAAAGCUGGAGAUGAUGACGUUUUCGUGCCACGGCGAAAUUAUCCUGAGAUUGAUGCAAAUGUCGGCGUGAUCGAGGAGUCGGAAAUCAGCCCUUAUAUCGACCUUGUAUCGGACGAGAACGCGGAGCCAAUCCACAUCUCUGAUCCAGUUCCGCUCUCACGCAAAACCUCCACCGAUUCCUUUACGAGCAGCAGCUCAUUUGGAAGCGAAGAGGGAAACAUGCGCUCUUCUAACUCUCUGUCCAGGACCUUCCCAAACACGCAGUUGAUCCCGGAAGAAAAUGAAAUGGACUCUGAAGGAUAUAUUAGAUGCGAGUUACUGCAAGACAAUAGUCGUCCGGCUAAUUCUCUACCUAAGACCUUUCCUAACGCACAGCAAAUUACGGAAGAAAACGACAUCGACUCUGAAGGAUAUAUAAAAUGCGAGGCCCUACAGUCUGGGCCAACUGAAAGUAGCCUCGACGGAAACAGGAAUGUUUUAGAGUCUGUCGUGUCCGAAAAAUGGACGGAUGACCAGAUGGGCGAAACCUCUGGUAACCAAAGUCUACGGCGCUCUUCUGUUGGUGCACAUUCAGCGAAGAGUAACAGCUCAGAACUUUCACCAGCUACUGUGCGAGUUAGUCAAAAAACACGCGAGAAUCUUCUUUCCCAAAUAAAAGACCCAAACUGCGGUGAAAUCCAACUGAAACCAAAGUUGGAAAAGGAACAAGCAGUUAAGUCGGAAAACAGUUUACCACCAAAAUCUAAAUCAGAAAGUGAUGCUCUUCGGGUUCCCUUUAAUUUUGAUACUUCUAAUCCUGAGUCGAUGAAAAAUAUGUACGAGAAACUUGUUGCUCAGAUGGAGAAACCACAAGAGAACGACGUCAACCUCUUUCCAUGUUCGCGUUUUAAGCGUAACAGUAUUGGGGCUGUUUCCGUGGAGACGGUACAUGAAGUUCAGCAAACAUCGGUAACCUCAGUGACAGGGAAAGUUAAUCAUCUGUCGCUCAAGAAACGUUCUGUUAUUGAGAAAAGUAAUUCUCACUCUGAAGGAUUCGCACCACGCCCUCCCUUUCCGGGUCCUCCUCCAUUGCCAGUUCGUCCCACGCCCAGCGAAGCGAUCCGAAGACGAUCCACCACGGAAAUAUCUGAAGAACUCCAGAAACGACCCGAACUGGCGGCCGCUCAUCGUUCGACAUUCUUCGCCAAGGGUAUAGGCAGUGUAGAUCCGCAAAUAUUUCGAAUUCCCCUGAAGACUAAUAUCAAUUCCAGCCACCUGAGCGGAGAAGCGGCCAUACAGGCGCGACUUAUUGAGAAAACUGAAAUGAGAGAUGAACUGGCUCAGUGUGCAACAAACCUGGCUCCAAGAAGUGAACUUCCGACGUGUUCAAUUGUUGACGGGGGAAGUCAUGAUGACUUAUUAAGUGCCAAUAAUGAUCCCUCAGAAAAAAGUUCAUGGAAGUCGAUCGAAAACUUAGAAGACGAUGGACUUAAAGAUAUGAAACGUAAAGAUUCAAAGGCCAGCAAACUUGUGAAGAAAGUGUGGAAGCAUGCGCGAAAACCUCGGCGGGGAAGUAACGAUUCACGAGGUGAGGCGUGCGAAGAUGUACCGGAAAAACCUCGGAGAGAUUCGUUGUCGCCUGGGGAUGUCAUGGAUAUUCAAGGACGGUUUUCGGGAAGCGAACCAAGUACACCAGAAGUGUCCCCUCAGAUGACCAGAAAAUCGUCCAAGUCGUCACCAAAGGCCUCGCGUAAGACAUCCAGAGAGGAAAAAUUAAGAAAAGACAAAGAGUCUCCUGAUAUCACGGCAAAAUUUUCAUCCGCUUCCAAGAUUCUGCGUAAGAUAUCCAAAGGCAGUGAUACAAAGAAAGACGAACCUGCAGUGAAAAAAGCUUCCAAAGAGGAGUGGUUGGAGAAAGAGGAUUUUACGGCUGAUCACACAGCAAAACAAACGGCUUCACCCAGUUUAUCGUCUACUUGCACUAACAAACAGAAGCAAAGGAAAUUUGGAAACGUCGAACAGUUCCAAAUGGACUUGAAGAAUGAUACUUGCAGAUCAAACGAAGUUAUUAAUAUAGAGACUGAAGUGUCUUGUCCAAUAAAUGGGCUUAGUUCUGACAUGCUUGACACUGAGUGUCCACAAAUCAUAGAGGACAACGCCCCUGCGCCAGCCCUCCCCCCACGGAAGAAGUUCAACCCUCCCCCUUUGCCACCCAGAGUGGGAAAAUCAUCAAGUAACUCGAGUUUUACGGCUGCUGCCCAUAUGAGUACCUCUCUCCCAAAUGGAAGAACAUCUCAGCCUGUUGCUGCAUCGGCGAGGGAGGGUAGACGACACAAUGGAUCAAGAAGUAGUGCUUCAAGGGAAGAGUUGCUGCCUCCCCCACCUGUUCCACCACGGAGAGAGAAUGCCCAGUCACCCGAUGCCAAGAAGAUGAUGUCAAACGAACGGACCUCUGCUCGUGCCCCAGUCAUUCAGCUGACUUGCUCCUCACCGGAAAAUAAAGACGACUGCGUUGAAAAACGCUUUUCGGAUUCCGAUGAGGAUAUGGUAAAUUCCCUGAACGAUAAGGCCCCAGACCAAAGCCCUCCGACCAUGUCAGCCGCUCAUCAGGCAUAUGACUCUCUGUCGCAGCCAGUUCCCCUCCGGCCACCCAAGGGAGAGCAACAAGUCCAAACAAGUGAAUUCUUCCGCAGCCAUACGAACCAGCAAGUUUGUAUUUCUUCCUCUUAUUCAGAAACCUUGGAAAUGGACGCAUCAGAUCAGGGUGAGGAUUGGUCAGAAGAUAGUUCAGGGCAACACCCUUCUCAGUCGAAUCACAUGGUGGAGUCGUCACCAGGUCCACUUAACUCGGGAGAAAUUCGCGUGAUAAGAUCACCGAGGGAGGCGAUGCGUCUGAAAAUAAACUUGAUGAGAGAGGCGUCUGUUGACGAUGAUGAUGUCCCGUUCGAGAGUGAUGAUAGUAGAAUCACUAGUGUUAUAGGUGAAAACUUUGAAGGUCAAAUCACGCCGAAAAGAUCGAGCACGCCCUUGAAUAUUGAAAGAAAUUCGUUGACACUGUCUAGUGUGAGCAUAACGUAGCUUCAACCGCACGUGAUUGGGAAAGGGCGGGAGGUGGGGAUGGGUGUUUGAUAUAAGAAGCUCCAGCUCAUGAAAGCAUAAAAUGAAACGAGUUAUUUUGGUAACGGGAAAUAAAACGGGGAAAGUGGGUUUGGACUAAGCAGAAAUUGGGCCAUAAUUUACUGGAUUUUCCAUUUCUCAGUAGUUACAAAUACGAAUGGAACAUCGUAGAACAAAAACAGCUUUCAUUACUUGCUCUUUACUAUGCCAUAAAGCGGCCGGCGCUUCCUAAAUCAAAGAUCUGUGCACGUUUUGAUUCUUCAUUUUCCUUGCAAAAAAAUAUUCGCCGGUUCGAUUGCGAUCUUGAAAGGAAUGGCAGUCAUGUUUACUAGAUAUAUCGUGAAGGAAACGAAAACGGCGAAUGUGAACGUGGAAAAGAAGGUCGACUUUUUGUUAAAUGAAAAUAAAUACGGCAUCGUUUAAUCAUUUAGUUAAAACAUAUUAUCGUGUAUAGUUGUCGAAUAGUGUAGAAAUAUUUUCUUGUUUCUUUUCUCCCUCGGUUCGAUUUUUAUUUAGUAGAACUUUUGACUUGUUCUGUGUCCUGUUACGUAUUCUUGUAUUUACAUUUAUCGUCUUCUAUGUUGACUCUGAUUGGAAAAUGAAAACAAGGCUGUCGAGCCUUUAAGUAGCAGGGUGGAAUUAGGAGUAAAUAUAAUAUUUAUGUCUCUUUUACUGGUCGUGCAUCAUAUUGUAACUGAGUAUAAGAAAUCUUGCCUUCCAUAUUUAAACGAUUCCUUGAAGGUACUGUGUACCUUAAGAAUAUUUACCAUUUAUUGACAUUUAGUAAUGUGGACGAAAUUUCGAACAGAAUCCCUCUAUUUAAAGUGGUCUUAUGCACCCAAUAGGUAAAAUUUAUCGAGUUAAUUUUGAAUUGUUACAAGAAGCACUAGCAUUGAUUAUAGAAAUUAAUUGUAAAGGUGAAAGGUAUUUUAAUAGCAGUUGCUAAAUCAUAUUUAAUGAAAUUUACUAUUGUGGUAAAGGUUUGUGGUUGAUGAUCACAUACUGCACUGAAUAAGAGAAAUUAAACACGCAAUAAUUUUA